CUGAAUUGAAGCAAAUUAACAACCGGUGCUUCCGGUUAAGAAUUUCCAGGUAGAAGAUUAGCACCAUGACAACACUACAUCGUGGAAUUACUAGUGAUUGGGGGAUAUUGAUUUGAUUUGUUUGGUUCUGAACGAAUUAUAGACAUUGGUGUAGAAGUAUGAGAUGCUGUACUGUGCCUUUUUGGAUCUAAAGCAAGCUUAUAAUAAUCUGUAGGGGUGUAGAGGCAGCAACAGAAUAUGGAAGAUAUGUAAGAGAAACUUGGGUAGAUUUUAUGAGAGCAGCAGCGGCUCCUAGGAGUUUUCACACUGCAGACCCCUUCAUGAAUGUUAUAGCCUCGCAAUUCUUUGAUUGUAGGUCGUAUGACUUGGAAGAUGGCCUCAUGUUUUCAGACUGUGAAGAAGAAGAUGAGGAUGAGGAUCAUGAUCCUUUUCAUUCACGCACUGCUGCUUCCAGCUUUUUACAGCCACACCCACGGAUAAGACAACUCACAGAUGAGGAGGCUGAUCAACAUGCAGCAGCACUUAAAGCAGAAGAAGAGAAGCGCAGUGAGAGAACGGAAAGAAACAAGCGAAAGAAAAUGCGUAAAAAAGAAAAGAAGCGAUUAGAAAAGGAGAAUUUAGCUAAAGAAAAUCUACAUGGACAUGAACAAGGCAAACCUGACUGUUCUGAAAAUGAAAAAGAAAAUCUGAUUAUUCAAUCCAACAAUGAUACAACUGAGGAAAAUAAAACAGAGAAUUUACCUAAAGCUGCUGAAUGUGAUGAAGACAGUGGUGAAAAUAACAGUAAAGAAGAAAAUAAUUUGGAAACAAUUAAAGAGGAAGAUAAGAAAGAACAGGAAUUGGAUUUUCGAAAUUUGUAUGCUUGUUCAUCUGAAUUAUUAUCUGAGGAGAUGAGUAACCAAAAGAUUUCCAAAUUUAAUAAAAAAGAAAAAAAUAUAUCAAAGGAAGCUCUGCUGCAUAAUGAGGAAAAGACAAAAAUGAAUAUAAAACCUGAAGCCCCCAAAGAACCUGAAGCCGUAAAAGAAGAGAAGAAAGUUGAUUUGGCUGCUGAUGAGAUCACAGACAGGAGCAGAGAACUGGCUGCUGCAGGAAAUCGGUUGGCAGCCUCUGGUCAGUACCUGGCGGCUGUGGAGUGUUUUACUGAAGCCAUUAAAUUCAACCCUACAGAAAUUAGGUUGUUUGGAAAUCGCUCCCUCUGUUACGAAAGACUGCAGCAGUAUGAAAAUGCUCUCAGGGAUGCAGAGCUGGCUCUGUCCAUGGAGCCAAAGUGGAUAAAAGGGUUGUUCCGGAAAGGGAAAGCUCUGUGUGGACUCAAGAAAUACUAUGAUGCCUCGUUGGUUUACAAGGAGGUGCUGAAUCUGGAAAGUUCCAGCACUGAAGCUGCACAAGAGUUAAAAAGAGCACAAACACUGCACCUCAUGGAAAUGGGUUUUUCCUGGUCACAGAGCAACGCGGCUCUAAAGACUCACCCCACAUUAGAAGAGGCUGUGGAUGCUCUCUUUAGAAGUGGCCUUAGCCAGGCUCCUGAAGAGACAGAAUCCAGCAGAGACACUGCUGACCAAGCAGCAGCUUACGAAGAAGACGACGAGAAUGGAGACUGGAUUUUCCUCCGUUCACAUCGCCCAAGAACUCAGCAGAAUUCUGAAGCUCCACUCCAAAAUAAAUUGAAAUAUCAGUCCCCAGGACGUAACAAUUGGAAUUCUGGGAAACCUGACCUUAUCUCCGUCUGGGUCGGAUCCUUGUCUCCCACUGUCACCUACCCAGCUCUACACGAGCUCUUCAGCAGGGUCGGAGUCGUCUAUGGAGUCAAGAUGUUACUGGACAAACAGUGUGCCCUGGUUCACUACGCAACAAAAGAAGACUGUGAUCGAGCCAUUCAGACUCUAGAUGGACUUUUGUUUGAAGGAUGCCCUCUGUCUGUGAGACAUCCCAGUAAAGGAGUUAGCUCCUACAAGAAGGAGUGUUUUUUCUGGAGAACCACAGGCUGCACCAGGGACGACUGCAUUUUCAAACAUAUCCCAGAGCACAAGAACAUGGACAGGAACAAGUUCACCGGUCGACUGGGGCAGUUCAAGACGUAGGGAAAACAAGGAAAGCACACUGUGGGGGGCCUGGUUCCAACCCUAGGUCUGUAAGGAAUCAUGGCCCUUUAGAUUUUUGCUGUUCAUGUGCAGAAAAGAGAAAUUAGGCAAAUUAGAAAAGAAAUGUGCCUUCUGUAGAUGCUGUCAUUAUGAUUUAACUUUAAUUAUCCCAGCACAUGCAUCUGUGUCUGAAUGUGUUCAGAGAUUUGUUUAAAUUUAUUGUUUUAGUAUUUUCAUGUGGGUCUAACAGAAUCUUAUGUUGACUUUUAUUUACCACUUGGUGGCAGUAUCACUUUUAUUACGUUUGGAGAAUCCCACUGACAUGCUUGGAAUGUUUUGGUUCAGGUAUAUUUAAAUGACCACCUUUAGUUUUCAGAUCCCAGCGUUUCUGAAUUUGUUUUACGUGAUGGUCCAGUUCACUUGUCAUGGAAAUGUAUUAAAAAGAGUUAUUUGUAUAAAUCUGAAAAAUACUAACCUCCAGAACUUACUAGACCCAAAACUAUGACUUAACCCACAAAUCAAACGCACACUGUAUAGAAGAAGAGAUUUAGUGACUAAAGUGAACAGUGACGUCAUCCUCUAAGCUAGAACUGGGUUUAGGAUCAUUCAGGGAUCAGUGUGUGCAAUUGGAGGAUCAGUGUGAGGCCAGAAGAAGCUGUGACUUUGAACCAUUCUGUCUCUCUCACCAAGGAAUUACCAGCUGUGCAUCCUGUUGCAGUGUCCUUGACUGAGGAGCCUGUUUUAAUCAGCUUGGGUUUGUCUGAUUAUUUAAGUGAGGACUAGACCACCGUCAUUAUGAAGUCUGACUAUGUUUUAUCCAGUCUAUAAUAAGUUUUAGUGGUGAUUUUUUUAAAGCAUAUUUCAGUUCAAACUGACCUUGAGUGGAAAAGUUAUUGAGCUGUAGUUUUGCCUGUAAACUUGAUCAGUUUUACUGCAGAUGCCACAUGUACUGAUUCUAGUUUCUCUUAUUAACAAUGCCAGCACUGGCAGGCCUCAAACAACAAGCCUACAUAUUACAUCGGUACAUCAGGCUCUUAAAAAUCCAACUACAGCCUCAAAGAAUCACUGCAUGGAACCAGUUUGCUGAAGCUGACUCAACAUCUUAGACUCUACUUCCUUUACGUGAGACAUUUAUUUCCACCCUUCCAGGAUGGAGCUCAGUAGACUUUCAAAGUACCUUUGCAGGUCAGCGUUGCUUUUACAGCUUAUUAUGCAACAUUUAAGGUGCACGGUACAAAACCCGCUAUUAGGAGGGGGAAAUUAGUCUGCAGCAGAGAGGAGGACUGAGGCAUUUAGCUGAGGAAAGUGCUUGGUCUUAGAGCUGACACACAGGGCAGCUGUGUUUGUGGGCUUUAAUUGGCUGAUGGUGACAUACCUCACAAAGCCCUUUUGAUCUGCACGAGAUCCGAGAGCAUGAAAAGGCCUGUAACACUAAUAACAUGAACUCUGGGUGACCCCAUAGGCUGCACCGGGACACUGUGGUUGAUGUAUUACCAACCUCCAAACUGGUUAUAAUUUAAUCUUACAGGUCUGCUGCCUACGGAUCUGCUCAGCCGCAGAUAAAAGAGUGAUAAGAGCUCAGGCUGCACAAAGCGGCUGGACUCAACAUGGAACCACUCCAUGCUCCGGACGACACUCAGCCUUUACUUAAGUAAAGCAAACAGCUUGAAGAUAAAGUGCGUCUUGUAAAAAGGGGGCAGUCUGGUUUGUAGAGCUUUUAAGGGAUUUCGCUCUCUGUCUCUGCCAACAGGAGGGAAAAUAAAACAAGGAAACUCAACAGGAACAGAAAUGAACCAGCUGACAUGACAGGUUGCUCUCCCACUCUCUGCUGUUUGAUGUAUGUCUGUGCAGCAGCAGCAGCAGCAGAAUAAACCCCUCCACCUCCACUAGUUUCCUAGCUGAACGUCUGAUGGCAGCUCUUUCAGCGCCGGCCUUCAUAAUCUAGUUUUUAUUCUAAUUCAGGGCUUUUUCUCCACUGCUAAAUAAACCAUUGAUGUGACAGGAGGGAGGCGCUGAGUCACGCUGUGUGUCAACGGUCUUAAUUUGCUUCUGGGGAAGCCAAAAUAAAUGCCUCUCUGCAGCUACACAGCUGCUGCACUCAUAAGAGUUUUGCCUCAAACUCAUUUCCCAACAGGGCUGCUGUUAUUUGCUCGUUCAGUUGGUUUUUUUUUUUUGUUUUUUGGUUUUUUUUAAAUAAGUGCCACAUGUGAGUGAGGGGAUUCUGGAGCAGUGCACCACCGUUAUGUAUUCAUCUUUUCAUUUUCCCUCAAAUCUACGAGCAACAUUGUUUUUAUUUACUAACCUACUAGAACGUGUGAUGUUAGUCUGAUCUGUGGGAUUUUUGUUGUUUAGUGAAAACAGAAGACUGAAGUGGUAAAAAAAAAACAAUGCAAAUCCUGAGCAAGAGGAACUGGAACUUUCAUAAAAAAUUAAAUUCAUAAAGAAAAUGGAAUAUCAUUUCGAGCAGAUGGAAAAUGGAAACAUGCUAAUGCUGCACUAGAUGUAAAAUUAAAGUGAUUUCAAGCUUUUCAAUGCAAAAAAAAAAAAAA